CUGGCUUUGGCGGACGCCCGAGGCCUGCCCGCCAUGGCCCAGCUGGAGCUCUUCUCCCACCCCGGGCCCGGCGUCCGCUACCGCGCCGGGCUCUGCUCUACGGCGGCGCUGGGGCUGCUGCUGCUGUGGGCACUCACCUACCUGCCGCCGCUGCUAGUGGCGUAUCGGAGUCAGGGACUUUGGCUGAAGCAAAGUACCUACAUGGAGCAGCCCACAGUACAAUUUCAGUAUGAGGUGCUGCUGGUGGCUAUGACUGGAGCUGACCCAGGCAGCUUCCUGGCUUGGAGCACAUUUCCAGCCUUCAACCACCUCCAGGAAGACCAACUGCGAGUUCCACUCAUCUCGACUAGAGAAGAAGACAAGAAUCAUGAUGGCAAAAUGGACCAAUUACAUUUUAAAUUAGAGCUUCCUCUACAAUCUACAGAACAAGUACUUGCUGUCCAGCUCAUUCUGACUUUCUCCUACCAAUUACAUAGGAUGUCAACAUUUGUGAUGCAGAGCAUGGCUUUUAUCCAGUCGUCCUCCCCUAUUCCAGGGUCCCAGCUUUAUGUGAACGGAGACCUGAAAUUGCACCAGAGGCAGUCACUUAACCAUUGUGGAGUAGACAUCAGAUACAAUGUAUCUGUGAUCAAUGGCACCAGCCCUUUUGCAAGUGACUACGAUCUCACUAACAUCAUUGCAGCAUAUCAAGAUAGAAAUGUAACAACAGUUCUUUCUGAUUCCAACCCUGUUUGGCUGGUAGGAAGAGCAGCAGAUGCGCCAUUUGUGAUUAAUGCCACUAUCCGUUACCCAGUGGAAGUUAUUUUAUAUCAGCCAGGUUUCUGGGAAAUGAUCAAAUUUGCCUGGAUCCAGUAUGUUAGUAUCCUGCUUAUCUUUCUUUGGGUGUUUGACAGGAUAAAAAUCUUCGUGUUCCAGAAUCAGGUACUGACCACAAUACCAGUGUUGCCAAUUUCCUCUUAUAAACAGCACCAGUCCUGAGAAAAUACCUGAAAUGACUUUAAAGAGACUUAGGAUAAGAGAGUCUACUUAAUUUUCAUUCUCUUUAGAAUUCUCGUAUUUCUGAAGAUGAGGAACUUCAUAAGUUACAUUCUGGAUCAUGUUCUGUUAAUGCUACAACAGACUAGAGUGUCUGGACAUUUUUAUUUCUUUGUAUUUAGUAGACCUCACGUUGCUGUGAGAGAGCACUGCUUUGGGAUUAUUGUGUGCUCUCAUGUUUUUGACAGUUCAAGAAGAAUGUUAUCUUUUGCAAUAUGACUGCAUUUCAAAAGCCAUGCAAGCCAACAUGGCACCUGUUCUGCUGAAAUCUAUACCACCUUUGGCUGAUCAGAUAUGCUUUUAAUUUGGCUAAAAUACACAAUAUAAUAAUUGAAAGCCACAUGGUAACAAUAACUGUGUAAACUACUUGUACUGUCUUAGUUUUGUAUAUAAGGGCACCACUAAUCAGUUCUGAAAACUGAAGUUCUAUCAAGCCUUUAACUGUGUUGAGGCGUGGGAAUGGGAGGGGAGAGAUUUUGAAAGAAUGGGGAAGAGGCAAAGGCACGCUUCCCAAGAGUUUGUGGUUCCACGUAUGCUUUCAUUGACCUGGUACAUGUUCCAAAAUCAUGAACAGGCAACAGUCCUGUCACUUUCUGUGUUGCUCCUUUGUUUUGAGGACAGAAUGUUAACAUGAUGUGAAUUAGGUUUUAUUAAAUGCCAGAUAUUUUGAAAAUGCAAUAUUAGGUGUCAUUUUUUCAUUGGAUGAUGGGCAGACUUAAGGUUGAUGUGGGAACAUUAAUUAUCAUUUUGGGACUUUAUUAUUUAUUUGUAUUACCAUAGCACCUAGUCAUAGGCCAGGACCCUAUUGUGGUUGGUGCUGUACAAGCACAGGACAAAAGGACUGUCCCUAACCAAAAGUACAAUUUAAAGUAUGAUAAUUGACAAAUGGAUACUAACAGAUAGAUGAAUACAAGGAAGCAGUGAGACUGUACUAGCCAGCAUGAUAGGCAGUGGUAGCAGUUCACCAACAGUGCAGCAAUUGUUUGUUUGUUGGCAUCAUGGCAAAGGAGAGUCUUUUAAGGAGGAAGUUAAAAGCGGUUAAUGGGGUAGCUUUAUGACUGUUUACUGGAGGCAUCUCUCAAGCAUGAGGAACAUCAUGGGGUGGGGGGAGCACGAAGGUGCUUGCCUGAAAAUGUAACAAGUGGCGAUGGAGGGAGGUAUCAUUGGCCAAUUAGAGGAGAGAGUCAACAUCUUGAUCGUGAAUUAGAAAUGAUAGGUAGGAUGAGCAUAGGCCAUUAAAAGCCUUGAAAGUGAAUAUAAGCAGCUUAUGUUUGGUGCAAUAGAGAAGGGGGAGUCAGUGGAGGGAUUCAAAGAGAAUAGUUACAGGGUCAAAGCAUCAGCAUUCUGAAUGGAGAUGAGCAGGGCAAGAUUGCAUUUGUCAAGGCCAGAGGAAAGGAUGUUUCAGUAAUCAAGAUGCAGGACUGGAUAAGAGUUUUAGCUGUGUGAAUCGAUAAGAAAGACCAUAUGUUAGAUGUUAUGCAGAAAGAAUCAGCAAGACUUAGAUAUAGCCUGGAUUUGAGGACCUAGAGAGGUCUGAGUGAAGAGGAGAAUGAGGAUGGAGUACUGGUUCUGCACUUUGGCUAGCAAAAGGGUAUCCGAGAACCUGACAUACCAGGGUACAAUCCAGACUAAUGAGCAGGUAUGUCACCCUUUCCCUGCACUCUUGGGUGCCUUACAAUGUCUUGCUGAAGUAGUUCCCACCUGGGCCACUCUCAAACAGCCUUCCAGCAUGCAAGCCACCCCCUGAGUGUCUGUCUGUAACAGCAGCCUGCCAGCCACACUUGGGUUACAUUCUGG